CAAAUAAUCAUCCGCUAUAAGGCCUGUAUCUCCGCCCAAGAAGCUUGUUCCCACGAUGAAGGCGACAACGCGGGCGGUUCUGUUGGCGUGUUUGGUCUGCAUCGCCGCAGCCGAAUGUCCCCCUGGUUUCACUCACCUGGGCGACGGCUGCUACCUCUUCGGGCAGGAUCCGUUCGUAAGCAGCGAGGCGGAGGACUUCUGUCUGGGUGUUGGCGGCAACCUGGUGUCCUUUGAGUCCUGCGGUGCCUUUGCUCACGUGUCUAGGUAUCUCGAGAUGGCAGGACUCGACACGCAGGGCCUUGGAUUCUGGGUGGGCGCCUCCCGCGUGGACGACAAAUGGACCUGGACUGACAGCGGGGAUGAUCUCCCUUACGGCGCCCCUUUUUGGGAUCCCUUCAGGGCUCUGGAGGACGCCCAUGCCUGUGCUUUCCUGUCGGCCACGGGAGGAUACCUUCUGUCGGAGGAGUGCAACCAGGUGGCCCUUGCUCUCUGCGAGGUUCCCCUCCCGGCCUCGUCCGCCGAUCCUUCCGCUCUUUCGGAAGCCGCCAGGAGCCCCAGGGAACCGUGUCCUGAGCCCUUCACAGCCAUCGGCCAGCGGUGCCUGUACGUGAACGACAACUUCCUGACGUGGGACGCGGCGAGGGCCAGCUGCAACGAGCUCGCCUCAGGGUACUUGACCGACCUGGCCGUCCUGGACACGUGCGACGGCUUCUCGCUCCUCGCCCGCCACCUCGACCAGAGAAACUCGACCUACCAGGACUGGCUCUGGAUCGGCGCCAGGGACUUCGAUGAGACCGGUGCCUUCAGGUGGGUCUCCGGCGAGUAUGUCAGCCCCGGCGUGCCCCUGUGGUGCCCCGGGCAGCCCAACGCGUUCGAGGCCAGGCAGCACUGUGCCAUGCUCUGGGGCUCCAACUUCUACUACGUCGCCGAUGAUGACUGCAGCGACAUACGCAAGUCGGUGUGUGAGGUCGGCUUUUAAGCUCCCGCCGCCAGGAAGGGGAAAUGUAGUGAGAGAAUGAUAUGUGGCGUCAAUUUGUUCAGAAUGUUUUGAGCUCGCAAUAAAGAGAUCCUAAUGCCAAUAGGAAUUCAAUCUUGCCGUUUA